AAAUUGCCAUAGUUUUGCUACUUACUACUACUAGGUGCCUACCUAUUUAAUUACGUUUUCACAUAAAGAGCUAUUAACUCGUAGUUGUAAUUCCUCAAUUAUAACACUGUUUUAACAUUAUAAAACCAUGGGAGUCGACGUGGAAACUAUUUCACCUGGAAAUGGAUCAACUUACCCAAAACCGGGCCAAACUGUAGUCGUUCACUACACUGGAACGUUACAAAACGGAAAGAAAUUCGAUUCAUCUCGAGAUAGAGGGCAACCUUUUAAAUUCACAUUAGGCAAAGGUGAUGUCAUUAAAGGAUGGGAUCAAGGAUUAGCAAAGAUGUCUGUAGGGGAAAGAGCGAAAUUGACGUGCUCUCCUGACUUUGCCUAUGGUUCCAGAGGUCACCCAGGUGUAAUACCACCAAACGCUACUCUCAUUUUUGACGUUGAACUCUUACGUGUUGAAUAAUGUUUAUUGAUUGAAAAACAUUCGGGCCUUAAAGUUUUUACAAGAUUCUUCAUAAAAAAACCACUUAUGCCCACAAAUCUAACUCGUAUUAUUUAUUUUGUUUAAUAGUUUUAUAUUUUACAGUGACUUAAAAAUACAUGUGAUAAAAUAAUAUGUACAUAAUAUUUAAUUGAGGAGUACAACCUCGGCUUAGG